UAAACCUCCAUUCACCAUUUGAACGCCGCACUCAAGACUACCUUCUAACUUGGAAGUUCUAGUUCUUACUCCUCUCGAACAAGAGUGACAAAAAGCAAGAAAAAAAAUAGGUCACGCAGCAGUGAAAGAAGGAACUCUCUUUCUGUUUGGUGAAUGGCUAACGUUGUGGAUCACGAUCAGCAGUGGCUGCUCAACUGCUUGUCCGCCACACUCGACCCCAACCACGAGGUCCGCACUUUUGCCGAAGCUUCCCUCAAUCAAGCCUCUCUCCAGCCAGGAUUUGGCAGUGCAUUAACAAAAGUUGCUGCAAAUAAGGAAUUUGCCGUGGGAUUGCGUCAGUUAGCUGCAGUCCUUCUUAAGCAGUUUGUUAAAAAGCAUUGGUAUGAGGGUGAGGACUCUUUUGAACCUCCUGUUGUUCCUGACGAUGAGAAGGAAAUUGUACGCAGAAUACUUCUGUUAGCAUUGGAUGACGGUCAUAGGAAAAUCUGCACAGCUAUUGGUAUGGCUGUGGCAUCCAUUGCAGUGUAUGACUGGCCAGAAUCAUGGCCAGACUUGUUACCAGUUCUGUUAAAUUUGAUUAACAAUCAAACCAACUUAAAUGGAGUGCAUGGAGCUAUGAGAUGCUUGGCUCUUCUUUGUGCGGACUUGGAUGAUAAAAUGGUUCCAACACUAAUACCUGCCAUGUUCCCAAGUUUGAUGACAGUUGUCUCCUCUCCCCAGAUAUAUGACAUGUACAUAAGAAGCAAGGCUCUUUCAAUUGUGUAUUCUUGCACCUCCGUGUUGGGGACAAUGGCUGGUGUAUAUAAGACAGAAACAAGUUCUCUGAUUCUUCCUAUGAUUAAACCAUGGAUGCAACAAUUCUCUUCUAUUCUAGAAAUUCCAGUCCAACCUGAAAAUCCAGACGAUUGGAGUGUCAGAAUGGAGGUUGUGAAAUGCUUGAAUCAGUUUGUCCAAUAUUUUUCGAGCCUCAUCAAAAGCGAAUUUGAGGUUGUACUGGGACCGUUGUGGAAUACAUUUAUCUCCACUUUGAGAGUAUAUGAGCAGGCAUCGAUUGAAGGAGCAGAAGAUUCAUAUGACGGAAGAUAUGAUUCUGACGGCUCAGAGAAAAGCCUUGAUUCUUUUGUUAUCCAGCUGUUUGAACUUCUAUUGACCAUUGUGGGUAAUUCAAGACUAAGCCAGCUGGUUCUAGAGAAUGCCAAAGAAUUGGUUUUCCACACUAUUGCUUUUCUUCAGAUGACUGAACAACAGGUUCAUACAUGGACAACAGAUGCCAACCAGUUCAUUGCUGAUGAAGAGGAUGCUACUUACAGCUGUCGUAUCUCUGGUGUGCUUUUAUUGGAUGAGAUAAUAAGUUCUUUUGGUGCUGAAGGAUAUCUGGCCAUCGAAGAUGCUGCAAAACGGUGGUUCACUGAGUCGCAAACAAGAAAAAUGUCUGGGACUGCAAGCUGGUGGAGGUUAAGAGAAGCUACGCUUUUUGCCUUAUCAUCUCUUUCAGAACAACUGCUUGAGACAGAGGAGACAGGGUUUGAAUCAGCAAGCUUGAAACACCUCAUUGAACAGCUUGUCAGUGAUGACUCUCAAGCAGGUCCUCUUGAAUACCCUUUCCUGUAUGCUCGCAUUUUUACUGCAGUUGCUAAAUUUUCCCCUGUGCUAAGCAGUGGUACACUAGAGCACUUUCUUUACAUGGCAAUGAAGGCGCUUUCAAUGGAUUUGCCUCCACCUGUAAAAGUAGGUGCUUGCCGAGCACUUUCCCAGCUCCUCCCUGAAGCAAAUAAAGAAACUAUUCAACCUCAGUUGUUGGACUUAUUUUCGUCCCUCACCGAUCUUCUUAUUCAAGCAUCAGAUGAAACCUUGCAUAUGGUACUUGAAACAUUACUUGCAGUAGUUAAGACAGCUCAUGAAUCUCCGGAACUGGUUGAAAGCAUUAUUUCUCCUGUGAUCCUCAAUGUUUGGGCGUUGCAUGUUUCGGAUCCUUUUAUCAGUAUUGAUGCCCUUGAAGUUAUUGAGGCAGUCAAGGGUGUUCCUGGAUGUAUACAUCCUUUGGUUUCCAGAAUUUUGCCGUAUAUUGGACCAAUUUUGAAUAAACCCCAAGAGCAGGCUGAUGGGUUGGUAGCUGGGUCAUUAGAUCUGCUAACAAUGCUGUUGAAGAAUGCACCCAAUGAUGUUGUCAAAGCAAUAUAUGAUGUCUGUUUUAGUGCCAUUAUCAGAAUAAUCCUUCAAAGUGAUGACCACAGUGAAAUUCAGAAUGCUACGGAAUGUUUGUCUGCUUUUAUAUCUGGGGGAAGAGAACAAGUUCUUGUUUGGGGAUUGGAUUUUGGAUCAACUAUGAGAAGUUUACUUGAUAUAGCUUCAAGACUACUGGAUCCCAAUUUGGAAAGCUCGGGAUCUCUUUUUGUUGGAAGUUACAUUCUUCAACUUAUAUUGCAUUUACCGUCACAUAUGGCAGCACAUAUACGAGAUUUGGUUGCUGCUAUUGUUAGACGUAUGCAAUCUGCCCAAAUUUCCAGCUUGAGAAGCUCACUGCUAGUAGUUUUUGCAAGAUUGGUUCAUAUGAGUGUUCGUCAGAAUGGACUAAGCAGCAAGGUGAGAUACAAGGGGCCUAUCAAAUAAAAAUUACUACAACUGCCCUGGCCUUGUUGAUAGCCAGUAGGCACAAUGAAUUGGCAAGAGUACACGUACAAGGCCAUCUAAUUAAGUCUGAUGUGGGAAUAACGACAAGAUCAAAAGCUAAAUCAGCUCCAGAUCAAUGGGUAAUGUUGCCACUUCCUACAAAGAUAGUAGGUUUAUUGGCAGAUGCAUUAAGUGAAAUACAAGAACAAACUUUGGCCGGAGAUGAAGAGGAUAGCGACUGGGAAGAAGUUCAAGCUGAUACCAAUGAAAAGGAUAGAGAGUUUCUUCAAUCAGUCUCUAUAUCUGCAUCCGGAAGACACAAUGAUGAACAUCUUGAAGCAAUGGCAAAAGUGUUUAAUGAGGAUCAAGAGGACCAAUAUGAAGAUGACCUAUUAAGCAUCACCGAUCCGCUUAACCAGAUAAAUCUGGCAAAUUACCUUGUGGAUUUCUUUGUCAACUUUUCUCAGUCAGACAGACAGCUCUUAGAUCACAUUUGCAAGAGCUUGAAUCAGUCUCAACGAAAUGCAAUUCAAAUGGUACUGCAAAGAUGAGCACAUUUGGGAUGAAGUACAAUUAGGAUUACUCUAAAUGAUGGUGAGAAAUCGAAAAGGCAUUUUUCUUUUUCUUUUGUUUUUGGCAAGGGUUGGGGAAUCUGUUUGGGGUUUCUACGGAUGAUUUCUUCUUCUGUUCCCCUUUGUGUCCCCCUUGUAUCGUUUCAUUCAAUGUGUUGUAUGUUAUGGGUUUCAGUUUUGGGAUUGACUCCACCUUCAUUGUUACUUGAAAAUUUAUGCGUAUCAAUACGGUAACGUUUGUGUGCAAUCUAUUAACGAGGGAAAUAGAAGAAACAAGUGGUGUAUAA